AUGAAUCAGAUUUAUUUGAGGAAGAAGAGCCUAAUAAUUUCAUUGAUAAAAUUUAAUGCUGAAAUUAGAGGUGUUCAAAGAGUUCCCGAAAACAAAAGAGUAGAUAAUAGUUUAUUAUCUCCUUUAUUUAUGUUUUUAUCCCCAAAUUUAGCUAUAUCAGCUUUAUCAACUGGUGCUUUAGGUCCAACUUCAUUUGGACUUGAUUUUAAAACUUCAGUUAUAGUCAUUGUUAUAUGGUCUAUAAUUGGUGCUUUACCAGUAGGAUUCUUUUGUGCUUUUGGGAUGAGAUUUGGUUUAAGACAACAAAUUAUGUCAAGAUAUUUCACAGGAAAUAUUAUGGGAAGAAUAUUUGCCUUACUAAAUGUUAUUACAUGUAUCGGUUGGAAUGCUAUUAAUAUAAUUCCUUGUGUUCAACUUUUAACUGCAGUUGGUCCAUUGCCUCCUUGGGCAGGUUGUCUUAUUUUUGUGAUUAUUACUUGUACAUUAUCCGUGUUUGGUUAUAAAGCAGUUCAUCUUUAUGAAAGGUAUAGUUGGAUACCAAAUUUUGCAAUUUAUUUAAUUUUAAUUGCUAAAUUUUCUCAAUCUCAUUCAUUUACUUGGGGUACAAUGGAAGGUUCAUCGGCUACGAAAGCAGGUAAUAUAUUAAGUUUUAUUUCUACUAUUUUUGGAUUUGUAGCAGGAUGGGCUUCAACUGCAGCUGAUUAUACUGUUUAUAUGCCUCAUAAUACACCGGCUUGGAAAGUGAGUACUGCUAUGGUUAUUGGAAUUUCAACACCAACAAUUUUUGCAGCUAUUUUAGGAGCAGCAGUUGCUAUGGGUACUUUCACUAAUGAUGAUUAUAGUGAAGCAUUUGAAUCUGGUUCAGUUGGGGGGUUGGUUUACCAAAUUCUUUGUGGAGGUAAUACUAAUCAAGGUUAUAGAUUCGCAGUGGUUUUAUUAGCAUUAUCAGGAAUUGCUAACAAUUUACCUGCAUCUUAUUCAUUAUCUGUUUCAAUUCAAUGUAUGUGGUCAAAAUUAGCUAAAAUUCCAAGAUUAGUAUGGUGCAUCUUAGGAAAUUUCUUAAGUUUAGGUUUAUCAAUUCCUGCCUAUUAUGUAUUUGCAGCUGCUAUGUCAAAUUUUUUAUCUAUUAUAAGUUAUAAUAUAUCAAUUUAUCUUGGCAUAUCAUUAACAGAACAUUUCAUUUAUAGGAAAGGAUUCAAAGGGUAUGAUGUAACUAAUUUUAAUGAUAGACAGACCUUACCAAUCGGAAUUGCUGGAGUUGUAGCCUUUUGUUUUGGAAUUGUUUCAACUGUAUUAUGUAUGGAUCAAACUUGGUAUGUUGGGGUAAUUGCAAGGAAAUUAGGUGAUUACGGAGGAGAUAUCUCAUUUGAAUUAAAUAUUGUGUUUGCGUUUAUAGGUUAUAAUUUAGUCCGUCCAUUUGAAAAGAAAUAUUUAGGUCGUUAA